AUGGUGUCGAACAAAACGAUCAAGUGCGUGGAGCUCGGCAUGGCCGUGUUCAUAUUCGCGUUGCACUACGAGAGCUUCGCGGUGUUUAUGACGGUGUUCAACUCCAUGUUAACCACCGGCACGUACGUCGGCUUCGUGAUCAUCCUGGCGGCCGUGGUGUUCGGGUUGUUCACUGACGCGCCCGUCAGCAUCCCGGUGGACUUGAUAUUCACCGUGGCCGGUGCCGCGUUAUACUUGUGGGCCGGGCUGAUAUCGUACAACUACUUCAACGGCGUGGCCAGCUCGACGUUCUCCGACACCGGCCUGGUCAAAUCCAUGCUGUCCAUCGCCAACGGCAUCGUGUUCGUCAUCGACGCCGUGUUCGCCUACCGCAGAUGA